AUGCGGAGUGUUCUCGGGGGUAAGGCGCUGGGCAAGCCGAAGGAACCACUCAUGGUCGCCCGGCGAAAUGCACGGGAGCGGCGCCGGGUCCAACAAGUCAACGACGGCUUUCUACGCCUCCGAAGUCUGGUCCCUAUGGCGCCGAAGGGCAAGAAGUUAUCCAAGGUGAAGACGCUACGAGCGGCGAUUGAGUACAUCGAGAAGCUCCAGGGAAUCCUACGGGGGUCGGAUGAUGGAAGAGCCGAGGACAAGGUUAGCCCCUCACCGGUGGAGUCGUCGGUUGCAGACGAGGAAGAGACUGAGGAAGAAGAGGUGGAUCUAGACUGGUUACCGCUUCAUGUUGUCUCGAAGGAGGAGGACGAUUUCUUGGAUGAGCUUCUUGGAUCUGAGAUUAUUUCAGAUGUUUAA